CACCCCGCGCGCUAUAAAUAUCCCAACUGAAUCCCAACACUAUCGGUUUUUUCUUCGUUCUCCUUCUUAUCAUAUAUACGUAAGACUUAAUUUUUCAUUAUUUUCCAUUUUUAACGAAGUUUUAUUUUAUUUUAUUUAUUUUAUUUAUUUUUCUUUCUCUGCCAUGUCAAUGGCGGGGGAGACGGGGAUGGAGCAAUUAACGUCGGGAGCAAGCAAUCGUAUAAUUCCCAUCUUAAGAACGCUAAGAAUACCGCUCAUUUUCCUUCAAUCAAUAAUACUGUACCUCCUCCUCUUCCUCUUCCCUCGCCGACGCCAGACGGCGGUCGGAGCUGCCGAUGAGGCGCCGCAGUUGCAGGCUAAAACCGCGAGGCGGAGGUCGGUAUGGAGGCGGGAAGAGGAGGACACGUUGAGAAGGAGAGCUUUAGCUGAGGGUUGGGACAUGGGGUUCGAAACCGCCGACGGAGAGGUCCGGUGUCGAUGGGGCACGUCCCUGUUUUUUGGGGUCCGAAGAAAUGCCUUGUUUUGCCGAUCUUGGUUGCCGGCCGCCGAUGAAUUGAAGGGAAUUUUGAUCAUUAUACACGGCCUGAAUGAGCAUAGUGGAAGGUAUACUCAAUUUGCUAAGCAACUAACUUCUUGCCGCUAUGGUGUAUAUGCCAUGGACUGGAUAGGUCAUGGUGGUAGCGAUGGACUGCAUGGAUAUGUUCCUUCACUUGAUCAUGUUGUUGCAGAUACCGGGUUUUUCUUGGAAAAGAUCAAAACAGAGAACCCAGCUGUACCUUGCUUCCUUUUUGGCCACUCAACUGGUGGAGCUGUGGUUCUAAAGGCAGCUUCAUAUCCUCAUAUUGAAGAAAUGGUGGAGGGAAUUGUGCUGACAUCUCCAGCCCUGCGUGUUAGGCCAGCACAUCCCAUUGUUAGGGCUGUUGCUCCCCUUUUUUCUCUGGUUGUCCCCAAGCUCCAAUUCAAAGGUGCAAACAAGAGGGGCAUCCCAGUUUCGAGGGACCCUGCUGCACUACUGGCCAAGUACUCCGACCCCUUGGUCUACACCGGUCCAAUAAGGGUCCGAACAGGGCACGAAAUACUACGCAUUUCAUCAUACUUGAUGCAAAACUUCAAGUCUGUGACGGUCCCAUUCUUCGUUCUUCAUGGAACCGCAGACAAAGUCACUGAUCCACUUGCCUCCCAGGAUUUAUACAUCGAAGCGGCCUCUAAGUUCAAAGACAUAAGGCUCUACGACGGCUUCUUGCACGACCUUCUGUUCGAACCGGAACGUGAAGAAAUAGGGCAGGAUAUAAUCGACUGGAUGGAGAAGAGAUUAGAUGGCAGUGGCAGAUAUUAAAAGAUUGAUUGCCUCUGGUAAUCAGGAUAGAUUUAAGUGUUCCCUUUUCUUUUUAGAAAGCACGUGUAGAUGUUUUUACAAAGUUGGUUUCAGGGUUGAGGUUUAUAAUGAAAUCUGUAACCAUAUUCAGAUGUUAUAUAUAUGGAGGUUGAUGUCUAAA